GCAAAGUCUGAAUUGACUAGCGGCUACAGAACUGCCAAGGGAUGCUCUGAAAAAGCGGAAAGGGAAAACGCAAAUCCUCAGAAAGAUAUCAUCAUGUUUGUCGGCAGAACAGGGAAAUACAUUUAUUAAAUAUGCAAAUAACACCAGUGGCCGUAAAUAUGCUAAGAAUGGACAUUAGGUUAACAAAGAUUGUGUACCGUUAGGAAAGCUUGACUAGAAGACGUGCUUGGGACAUACACUGAUGAUACUGGACUAUUGCAUUGGAGAUCAGUAUUGUUGGUUGACCCUUCAGUGUCUAGCUUUGAGAAAAAAUUGCAUUAAAGUUUGCUUUACGGAUUAACCAGUCGCUUGUGCUGUGGUAAAAUAUGAAACGCACUCUACAAUUGAGACAUUCAUUCGCCGUGGGAAAGUCUGGGUUCUUUUUCAAGAAGGAAGACGGAAGAAUUUCAAAAUCCUUAUACAUUUUGCAAAGCUUGGAGAAGCGUGUUACUGUGUGGAAUGGAAGAAUAGUGAUCUAAAUCAGACGUCUGGUCUUGCAAUUAACAGCAAUUCACUGAAUAUCAGUAUUUUCGAUUCUUUUUUAUUUUUCGAUCUGUAUUCAAAUUAUUUCACAACAUCAGACUGGUGGGUAUGGUUCGGUUUUAUCUCUGAGACACAGUUUGAAUACGUCUGUCACACUGGCCUAUCGGAAAUAUGCUAAUGACAAUAUAUUCCACUCAAUAACGGGGAAUACAGCCGCGGCACCAGACAAGGAAUGUGCAUGCUCCCUAUUUUAUUGCCCAAGGAGAACAAAGGAAUCGGAUUCGAUUGACUUUUUGGUGUAAUGCUUCACGUUCCGUACCAAAACAAAAUACGUCUUCUCGGAUUACGCUCGUGUCAUCAAUGAAAAUGGUGGGAUAUUAAAUUGGAAAAAUAGGGUUAUUUUGUAUUUUGGAAAUGUAAUGUUUCAUUACAAAAAUAGUAAUUUUAACAUUUAGUCAUCUUGCGUUCUUAAACGGCAGUUUUCUGAACAUGAAAACAUACAUGAGCAUACAUGGUCCUACCUUUGAGCACAUGCAGGCAAUAAAAGAACCAAAAAUACUGGGUUAAAGCAAAGCACAGAAGAAGGACAAAAUACGUGUAUAAUUGUAUUUACAUUUUUAAAAUACGUAUACAUUUACGCAGAACAUGGAAAGGACAGAUUAAGGAAAUUGUUAAAACAUUUUUUGUCAUUCGUCGAGCUUCUUCUGGGUUCUAGCGUUAUUGAAAGGAAUUUAUUGACAAAGCGGAUGAAAAUGACUUGAAUUGUAAUGCAAUGGAAGGGUUAAUGUAUCUGACCACUGGCUCGAAGGUCUCCAGAACGUCGUGGUGUCCUCGAAUCUACUGCGCCCUCAUCCUUGGAUCAGUGGUGCUGGUUUCCAUGGCAACUACAAGCUCACCUGUAGAAGAUGGAUCUUUAUUGCCAUUUGACAUUUCGUUUAAAAGGAUUCAAGAUGAGACUUCAGGAAGAACAGAAGACUUACACACUGCCUUAUCACCUGAAACCCAAGGAAACAGUUUCCAUCUGAGACCAGUGCUAACUACUGCAGGUGCUACUUUAGAAACCCUGUCUGAAGCUACAGGACAAAAUGGCAAUACUACUGAGAAAACAUUCUUCACAGGAUGGAGUGUCUUGCCUUCACAAGGCUCCAAGCCACCUACUUUCAGGGGCUCCUCUCUUGCUUUAGAAGAAAGCAAUUCCAUUCCCCCCCAGCAACCUGCAAAACCUGCUGAAUGGUCUCAAGUAUUUCAUAAUCCAGAUAUGACCAUUACACCAGUCAGGCAGACCAGGAAUCUUAAACAACCUUUAUCUUCACUUUUCACAUCUGCAUCUUUGGCUACAUCUGGCUCUCUGCAGCUACUAGGUCCAAAUACUAAGGCUUGGAGUUCCCGGAGCACAUUGCCCUUUGUUUCAGACACUGUUACACCAUCGGAUCAUCAGUCUCCACUGCCACAAUCAAAUGUGUCAGCAGCUCCAUUGCACACCUCACUUCUGCAACAUAUCACCUCCUCAGCCACAUUGCCGCAGUUCACUGUUCCAAACCCUUUAUUGAGGACUUCAGAUGAUCCUAUACCAUCAUUUAAACCUAACAGCCAGCAAAACACGUCUGUGUUUACAGUACAAGGUAUUUUCCCAUCAGUUCCUGCAGCACAUGCUGAAUCCACAGUUGAAGUCAUUACUCCAGCAAGAGAAGCUCAGAAUGAAGAAGUUAGCUCUGCUUCUAGUUUUACUGAUAAAAAAAUGACACAAAAAGUAGAUGAUACAUUUAGUCCCAGUCUUCCUGUAAAAACUUUCAGCAGAGAUGAAGAUUUUCACAGUAUUUUGUCAAGUAUUAAGCCACAGCUCAAUAAUGCUACACAAGGUAUUCAUUUACUUUUGAAAACCCCAAGCAGCUCAGAUCCUGAAAUGCUUUCUCCAAGUUUUGUGCCUUUUCUCAGACCUCAUGCUAUGCUAGUAACAACAGAGUUGACAUUAGUUCCAUCAGAGGAAUACUUUCCCACUGGGACAAUAGAAACAGAUUUUGGGUCUGGGGACUAUCUUGAGACAAUAUCUUUCAUGGGAUCAGAAGUGGAUGAUUUGUCACUUGUCACCAAUCUACCUACUGACAUGUAUGAUGUAGAUGAAUCUGUUUCUGAGAGGUACGACACCUCUUUCCCCUCAAGACAGGUGUUACCAUUGUCUUCAAUGCACAUUGUGACUACUAGUUCUAAUUCAGGUUUUCCCACCGUUGAUAAUGCUGGUCUAGGAACCAUUCACCCCACUUCAGUUUUUUCCUCCCAUGGCCAGACAGUGGUGGAUUCUUUUGCUCCUUCACAGAAUUUUUCAUUUGAUAAAAUGUUAGAUUCAGAUUGGGUUGACUCUUUUACAGUUGAGCCAACUGAACUUCUGCUCCCUGAUAUGAACAGUUUAGAAUAUUAUUCUAUUCUACUGGCCAUGGAGAAUGCACUUAAAAAGAAAAAUAACCAGACUUCUGGAGAGCAUAUUAAUUUUGCAUCUGUAGAAGUACCCAAUAUCACACCAACCAGCUUGUUAACUCUAGACCACAGUCAUCUUUUAAAAACUGCUAUUCAGUCUAAUGAGACAUUGUCUUUACUUUAUAACAGUAACUCUCUGAAUGCUAAUAUUACAGCUUUACAACCAAGUAACACUAUGAUUUUUAUGAACUCUACAAUAUCUGAUUCAACUAGAGUUCUAAUGACAGAGACACCAAGCCUUAACAUGUCAUUAUUUGAGUCUCUGGAGACUUCAAGCUAUGUUUCAUCUUUAUUAUUUUUGCCAAAGACUGAUGUCUUUGAUGGAACACCAGCAUCAGUUAAUCUGUUGAACAGCUCAGAAUAUGUUUUGGAGCCUUCAGUGACACAAACCCCUUCAAUUGCCUUCUCAAACACCCUUUUGGAAACCUUGGCUCCCUUUGUUCUGAUGGACCUGUCACCAUCAUUGAAUGAAACAGCUCUACUAGUGGCAACAGUGCCAGCUUCUGGGCCAAGUACUGCAGGCAGUUCAUUACACAAAGAGCUUGACUUAAUUUCAUCCUUUAUUUCUGUUCAGCCCACCACUAUGCUGCCAGAUGAACUUUUUAGUUUGAGCUUAGGGGAUGUCCAUUCACUUUAUGCAACAACUGUUCAAUGGUUUGCCUCAUUAUCUUAUACAGCUACAGCUACUGUUUCUCUCCAGGCGACCCAAGUGUCAGCCAUCUCUGAGUUAAUUUCCCCCACUUCAGUUGAUCUCAGUCGUGGAGUCAGUUCUCUCGCCACUGUGAUACCCAUGGCAAAUUACAACACUACCACAAACGAUCUUACUACAAACCAUCCAGUAACCACAAUGUUUGUUAAUGGUAUGAUGUCAACUGGAAAAUCGGCUACAGCUUCAGCAACAAAUACAUAUAAUAUCAAGAACACUACACCCUUUACUCCUGCUACUUUAACACCAAGUCCUGAGUCAGCAUCAUUUACAACACCCAGAGUAAUGUCAACUUCUAAAACCCCGCAAUCAACAGCCACCCGGCACUACCUCUGUAACAUCACCAAGAUGGACACGUAUUUAGUUCGAACAGGCCUGGCCACGACCACAACACUGGGAUAUGCAAAAGCAUACAUCAGAGAGAUUUUGAAAACUGAAUUCAACCGUUCUGUUGAACUGCAGGUUCUGAAACCCCCUCCAGACUUCAUCUUUCGGGUCGUGUCAGGUCCUGUUGUCUACACUGCAGUAUCCGUUGUUAAUGCCUUGCGCUCAUUUGCAAAAAGUUCCUCUGCAAUUCUGUCUGUUACUCCAGUAAUGGGCGUUCCAGACCAUCAGUUUCAGGUCCACUCAGUUCUUCAGUUUGUUCCAAGCUACAUUGAUGUGAGGUUCUGUAACUUCAGUGAACGGAUUGAGAAAGGGCUCAUAAUGGCUUUCUCUGAAGUACGAAGGAGAUACCAGGAAUCGCCUGACUUCAUUGUGCACAUCAUAAACAUUACCAUGAAUUUGCCUAAAGCUCAGAAACAGCUGCAGAGGGUGCCAGUGGAUAUUAUCUUUGCUAUUAGAGACUCCACUGGGUAUCUGAAUGGCUCUGAAGUGAGCAGCCUCUUGAGAAAUUUAAACAUGGUGGAGUUCAGCUUCUAUCUGGGCUUUCCUGUGCUACAGAUUGCGGAACCUUUUCACUAUCCAGAAUUGAAUGUAACCCAGUUGUUACGAUCUUCUUGGGUUAAAACAGUUCUGUUGGGAGUAAUGGAGCAGAGGGUGAAUGAGAGGACAUUCCAAGCCAAGAUGGAGCGCAGAUUAGCCCAAUUGCUGGGAGAAGUGCUUGGCUCUGCUCGUCGUUGGAAAAGAGCCACUAAUGUGGGGAAUAACAGUGUUCAGAUUGUAAGAACCACCAGACUUGAUGGCCCCGAUAACCCGCUGGAAAUGAUUUACUUUGUGGAAGGUCCUAAUCAGGAGAGACUGGCUGCUACUACCACCUCCAGCAUCCUCAACCAGAUUAAUGUCCAGAGGGCUGCCAUUGUCCUUGGUUACCGGGUGCAAGGGGUCCUAGCUCAACCUGUGGAAAAGAUCACUGCCCCACCAUCUGAAACACAGAAUAAUAACCUCUGGAUCGUUGUGGGUGUAGUGGUCCCUGUUGUUGUCGUCGUCAUCAUCAUCAUCAUUCUGUAUUGGAAACUGUGCCGGACUGACAAGCUGGAGUUUCAGCCUGACACCAUGAGCAAUGUUCAGCAGAGACAAAAGCUGCAGGCUCCCAGUGUGAAGGGGUUUGAUUUUGCAAAGCUCCACCUGGGGCAGCACAACAAAGAUGACAUUCUGGUGAUCCAGGAGUCUGCUCCACUGCCAGCGCCGGUGAAGGAAGUGACUCCAUCAGAGAGUGGCGAUGUGCCCAGUCCCAAAUCCAAAGCCUCUUCCAAAGUUUCACGGGGUGCCAAGCGGAGGGGCAGAAUUUCCCCUUCUGAUGCCGAGUCCACAGUGAGUGAGCCUUCUAGUGGAAGGGAAUCAGCUGAGGAGAGCACGAGACCCUCCAUCACCCCAAUCGAUGGAAAGCAGCAUCGGAAAACUGUCAGGAAUGGAAAAAAUAAAAUUGCAGGUCCUCCACAGAUGAAUGGCACAGAGGAGCCACUUUCCUCUGCCUCUAUAUUUGAGCACGUUGAUAGAAUGUCUCGCACAUCUGAGGCAACCAAACGGGUUUCCAACAAGAUCCAGCUGAUUGCCAUGCAGCCCAUGCCCGCUUCACCACUUCACAGCACGGCAGUUUUGGAGAAAGUGUCAGAAACUGCCAAAAUCAACAAGGAGAUACAGACAGCAUUGAGGCACAAGUCCGAGAUUGAACACCAUCGGAAUAAGAUCCGUCUAAGAGCUAAAAGAAAAGGACACUACGACUUUCCGGCCAUGGAUGACAUUGGUAUCGUGGACUCCAGGGAGCACCGCCGUAUCUAUCAGAAAGCUCAGAUGCAGAUUGACAGGAUCCUGGAUCCUGAAGUGCAUGUGCCUUCAGUGUUUAUAGAAUCCAAGAAGAGUGCAAGAGGAAAACGUUCUCCAAAGCAGAGAAGAAAGCAUCAGGUCAACGGCAGCCUAACAGAUGCAGAUAAAGACAGACUGAUCACCACAGACAGUGAUGGAACAUAUAAGAAGCCCCCUGGAGUCAACAAUGUAGCUUACGUUUCGGACCCUGACCAAGCUCCCGAGCCCAGGAGCCCUUCCCCCCAAGACAACGAAGUGUUUGUUGGAUCCCCUCCUCCGGGCCAUGCACCACCUCCCCCUGCGUAUGUUCCUCCACAGCCCUCCAUUGAAGAGGCUCGUCAACAGAUGCACUCCCUUCUGGACGAUGCUUUUGCACUGGUAGCGCCCACAUCACAAGGAACCACUGCUGGCAUCACUCUCCCUGGUGUGACUUCAGGCCCACUGAGCUCUAGUCCCCCACCAAGGACCUCCAGAGGAGCAGGCAUGGGCCAGUGGGGUUCACCUUACACGGCUGCUCAGGGACUCAGCCCCUUCUCUGCGAGGUAUGCUGAAUUAGGAAUGUCUCCUCCCUCAGUUCAAGGGUUACUACAAAGGCAGGGUCUUGGUUCAGGCUACCUGCAGCCUGGAGAACCUGGGCGGUCUGAGCCACCCCAGACAGAGGGACUGUACUCUGGUAGAGGAGUCUACAGUGAGGAGCUGCCCUCGUCUGCAAGGCCUCGUCCUGUCGGAGGAACUACAGGUGCUCAACUUCAUCACCUGACUCAGGUGGGUCUGUCGAGCCGGAUCAGUGCGUACCCUGGGGUAGGGAGAGCAGCUCCGAGCUCAUCUGGCAGCUCAGGUUGGACUCCUUAUCGUUCCGAUGAAGAGUAUGCAAGAGCUGGACAUAACAGGGAUGCUGUCCUGGGGUUCCCUGAAUACACCUCGUCCUCAGUGUUCCAGAUGCCCAGGACAUCUCUGAGGGAGCCCUCUGCACCUCCUGCCCACCUGCAGCACAAUACGUUGGAGUCCUCUGGGACUGGAUACCCCUCCGCUCCACCGGAGGAGUCCCCUCCCAGCCAUUCCUCAGCCUCCCUCAUCAAAGCAAUCCGGGAGGAGCUCAUGCGGCUCUCACAGAAACAGUCAGCUGUGCAAAGCUUCCACAGCUGAAACUUGUUCACAUCCCCACAGUAGCCUCACUAGCCUCACUUUCCCUGACCAAAACACAAAGAAACCACCUGCUUCCCAUGGAAGUUUGCCCACCCAAAAACAGAACCCCUCCAUUCAACAUUUCUUAAAAUUUUGUCUGGCAGUAUUUGAAGCAGAGAAUUAUAAAAAUAGUAAGGGAAAGAGGCUGAAGACCCUUGAGUUUUACCAAAUGGCAUUCCCUUAGUCCUUUCAAAAUGGUAAUUUUGGUACAGGUAUUCAUGUCCCUUUAUGGACACCCCUGGGUUACAGGGUGUUCGCAGAAUCUGCUGAACUUUGAUCUGCUGAAAUUCAUCCUUUAAUGAAUCUGCUCUUUAAAGUGUGAAACAGUCUUUUCUGCCCUGCUCCUCAUGCCAGGACCUGCCAAUGCCUGGCUAUGUUGGAUUCCUGUGGAUUCCUUAUUCGGUUGUUUGGUCUUAAAGAGCGCAGCUCAGUAGACAUUGCUUUAGCAAAAUCAUUUUUUACAUCACAAACAUCACUUUACAGCAAGACAUUUUCCUAGCUUGUACAACUCACCAACUGGACCUUAUGUUUAAUUUGUUUUUCUUCAUUAUAAAAUUCAAUUGCAUUACUAUUUUCGUUGAAGUGCUUCCUACUAUAUCUUUUAUCUUCCUAACUUCUUCUGGUGCUAAAUUCAAGCUUUAUAUGUCCCAUUCUGAACAGCACAUUGCCUUUUGUUGUAACUGAGUGGGUACUGUCCUAAAGUACACAGGUACCAAGGGUUAGUGAGCCUUGAUGUGAAUAAAUAAAAGGAUAAAAUAUCAUGAUAAGACUGUAUUAAACAUACUCAAACUCCUUGUGUUCUCUGCCACGGAGGGGUCUCUUAUAGGUGUCUAACACAAUGUCAACCAACACAAACCUCCAGUCUUUGCACAGUAUAAUUUACAGCACAACAGGUAUUAUUCAUUAUUCAGGUAAAUGAAAUGGUAAAAAAAACAAGGGUCAACUGUCUUUCCUCAAAAUCAGAAGUGUGCUGAUGCCAUAUUUAAAAAGAUUACAAUGUACAUACUGUGCCUGGAGGUAAAAUAGGUUCUAUUGCCAUUAUGUUUUUGUUGCUUGUUUUUUAUAAUCUGACAUUUCAGGUGUUUUUCUUUAGAUACCAUUAAUACAUUUAACACUGUGCACCUUCUUACAAAGGAGACUCACUUUCUUUCAUGACACCUUCAUUCUGAAGUAAGAAAUUUGGAAAUUUCAUUUAAUUAUGAAACCAGAUUUCUAUAUCUUAAAAUCCAUUCGCUUAACUUUUCAUUUAGCAGUUUGUCUAAAGAGUAACAUUUGUAUAUUAGAAAUUUUGAAACUAACUUCUACAGUAUCUGGAAUAUUUAAAUGUUUUUCAGUGGCCAUUGGUUUUGAGACCUUCUAGCUAGAAAGACACAGCCGACCUCUCAUGUCACCUCACUAAAAGAAACCAAUGACAUGCUGUACUGUUCUCUAAAUCAAAGCCAUCCUCUGUCUGACAUGUAGCCUGAAGCAUCAACUUCAGUGAGGUUGUACAGUACAUGGUAGCCUUGCACUGCAGACAAAUGUGGAAGAAGAGACACAAGGCACUGCAGUUUAUUUCAGUAGAUUCCAGCUUUUCAGUCCAGUUAGUAAAACAGGGAAGGAUAUUAUUUUAUCUGCAACACAACUGGACAAAAGGACAGUGCAGAAAUUCAGUCUCACCACUAUAAUAUCAGUAUUACAGAUUAAUCUUUAAUGUUUAACGAGGAAAUGCAGUGUUGUUACUUACGUAUUUCAGGGUAACAAAGUAAGUUUGUUUCCCAAUUUUCUGUUUAAGUUUCAAAGGUGGUUCUGUAACAAUCUGUGAAAGGCAUGGAACACUGAAAUUAUAUCACUUUAUUUGCUAUCGCAGUUGUAUUGCAACAUAUUGUUUAAUGUAUUGUUGCUAAGUAUUGUUUAAAUACUGGACUGAGACUGUAAAUAACAGAUUCAUAUUUAAAUUCUGUAAUAUGGACUUCUGUAUAUUAUGUGAAUGAAAGACAAUAGGUACAGUAACAGUAUAAUGGUCAGCCACUCUUAGUGCAGAAAGGGCUGUGGUAUUUUCAUCAUUGGUAACUGUAACAAUAAAAUAAUAAGGGUUUCCUGGAUUUUUGUAAAGGGUUAUGUUAUCACUUCUCAGAUAUACUAACAGUAUGUCUGAAAAAAGUCAGAAAUCCCUUUUUGUUUGGGAUAAGGAACCUUGAGACACUAGAAUUGCAAGAUGAAAGAUUCUAAAUUUCCUCUUGAUGUCUUUAUUUUCCACUUCUCGUUUUGUUUUUCAAACUUGUCCUGCUGUACUUCUUCUUUUCCACUAUUUGUGUCCCACAAGAAUGAGAUCUUUAAUUUGGAAUAAGACCACACAUUUCUUACAAAGUACUCCCCAUUUAUAUAAAUAUGUGGGACAAGUAUGCAUUAUGUGCUGGGUGAUGUUGUAUCUGUAUAAAAUGGAUGAUCAGGUCCUGGUUCAGUUAAAAUAAGGAACUGGUAGGGCAGCUCAUUACCAGUGGGAAUUGAAUCUAUUGUAAUAGAGCACACACUUCAUUACAUGUUAAAAUGAAGAUACUGUACAGUAUAUAAGGAAAUUAUUUUGGGUCUAAACCCUACAGUUUGGGUUUAUUAUUUUAUUUUUUGUGUUAAUUGUUCUGUAAUUGCACCCAACUAAAAGAACCACACAAUGUGUUACAAUCCCUUAAAUCAUUUUCAGAUCCAUCUAGUAUUGUAUCUUUAAUCCGUCAUCUGUUCCUGAAAAUAAUCUUCUUUUGUCAUGAUAUUGGUUUAAUCAAAGGGCUCAGACUGCACCUGGACUUUCUUCUGAUUCUGAACUGGUUUGAAAAGCUAGGAUCUUUGUCUGCAUCCACAAGUAAAUUUCAAAGAGUAAAGUUCAAAGAGCAGAAAUGAAGUUGUGCUCCGAGACCUGAAACUUGUAAUGUUGGAUUUAUUACAUACUGUACAGUGUAAGUACAGCAGUCAAGGUUUUGAAUGCUGUUAGUACAAUAUUGUUCAUAAAAACAAAUUUAUUUUUUUUAAAUGUAGGUAUUAAAAUGUAUUUAGUUCUUGUGCUGGUGUGUUAUCACAUAGUCAGUGACCGCCCAGAGUUUUUAAUAUCCUUAGAAGUUGACUUAAACCUGGUUGGUUUUCCCUAUAUUUCUUAAUAGAUGGCAUUAAUUUUGUUUGUGCAUCUAUCCCUGCAGUAUUUAAAUUAUGAUUAUAGUUAAACUGAAGUCACAUCAAUUGGUUCACUGACUUCAUACGUGUGAUUAUGCUGGUGGUAUAUUCCAGAUUUUUCCUUUUAAGAUUUUCUUAUUAAAAUAGUGACCUCUUAAACUAUUACUGGGUUGGCUUUCAAGACUUUCAUUGCUGUGUUUGGAAUGUUUUUUAAUUACUAAAAAUAUGUAGAUGUUAAACAGUAGAUUAUUUGUAAAAAUGUUAAAUAAAAUAUUGCAUUAAAUCCCAUGUAGAUCAUGCACCUGUAAUUCACUAAUGUUACUUUUGAGUGUGCUGUGGCAUCUUGGUAAUUUGAUAAAUAUGUCUUUAUUUCUUAAAUUUUAAAUUUGAUUGGAUUGUUCUUUAAAAUUCUGUGUAUGAUAAUGGUUCACACGGUAGUUGAAAAUAAGCUUGAUAACUUAAGUCUUCAUUACUUAGGAGGUACUGUAGAAUAAAUUGCACAAGAUUUAAAGAUACAAUUAGAUAUCUACCAUGCAUUUGAUGAGAUUCCUUAGCCCAAUAUGUGCCUUAUAAUUUUACCACACCUGUCUAUGAAUAUUUAUGUAUUUUUUGGAUUUUCAUAACAAUGAUGUUACAGAUUGUCACGGCCUGCAAUUAAUGAAAAACACCUAAAAUAUAUACUUGAAAGUUCAGAUAUUAAUUUGUUCUAACAAUAGAUUAAUUAUAACACACUAUGGUGCAUUGUCAUUCAUACCUGUUUACACACCUGGCAGUCAUUUUACCACCUUAUGAAUUGUUGCUUUGAUUUUCCUACAGUAUAUGUACGGUACAUUUUUCCUAUAUGUUUGUAUGUUUCUUGUUUUGUGAAAGAAAAGAAAGUUGGCCGGUCCAGCUAACAGUUUGUUUAAUGAACUGCAUGUUUCUUGACAUUGUGCAUGUCUAUAAUAAAUACUAAGAGUAUUAAAAAGAAA